AAACAGAGUGCUGAAGAUGGCGGAGGUUUAACGGAGGCUUAAGAAACUGCUGCACUUAUUGAAAUACAUUGGAACGGUGGCGUGGUGUGUUUGAUGCAGACCAUCCGACGCUCCUUGUUCAACAAGAGCCUUUGAAGAAAGAAAAAAAAAGUCAGUCACAUUUAGGAUGUGAAGCUAACAGAAGUUCAUGUCACCAUUCUACACAACUGCAGUGGUGCUGAUAUGUGUUGAAGAUGAGCAGCGUGGGAGAGAAUGCUUUGGAGCCCCUGUGCUCAGACCGGAAACGCAAGCUUUCCACAUGUGACACACCAGGACUUGGGUGUGACAAGAAGAGGAGGGAGCAGGAGAGCAAGUACAUUGAGGAGCUGGCCGAGCUGAUUUCGGCCAACCUGAGCGACAUCGACAGCUUCAAUGUGAAGCCCGACAAGUGUGCCAUCCUCAAGGAGACCGUGCGACAGAUCCGCCUCAUCAAAGAACAAGGCAAGAGCUCGUGUGGGGAUGACGACGUUCAGAAGGCGGAUGUAUCAUCCACGGGGCAGGGCGUCAUCGAUAAGGACCAUCUGGGGCCACUGCUCUUACAGGCCCUUGACGGCUUCCUGUUUGUAGUGAACCGCGAGGGCAGCAUCGUGUUUGUGUCGGACAACGUGACCCAGUACCUGCAGUACAAGCAGGAGGAGCUGAUCAACACCAGUGUCUAUCACAUUCUGCAUGAGGAUGACCGCCAGGAACUGCACAAAAACCUGCCCAAGGGCAAUGGUCCCAGCGGUCCGUCGUGGGGUCCAGGGGACGCCUCGCGGCAAAAGAGCCACACGUUUAACUGUCGCAUGCUGGUGAAGUUUGGCCAGGGCUCGUCUGAGGAGGGCAGUGGAGGCCAGCGCUAUGAGACCAUGCAGUGCUUUGCCCUCACACAGCCCCGAGCCAUGAUGGAGGAAGGAGAAGACCUGCAGUCGUGUAUGAUCUGUGUUGCUCGACGGGUGAGCGCAGUGGAGUGGACCGAGCGCUUCAUCACUCGUCAUGAGCUGUCAGGUAAGCUGGUGGAGAUUGUGGACCAGGCUUCCCUCCACUCCACCAUGCGUCCAGGCUGGGAGGACCUGGUGCGACGCUGCAUGCAGAUGUUCCUCCACCGCAGCGAGGGCCAGCCGUGGUCAUACAAGCGCCACUACCAGGAAGCCUUCCUCCAUGGCCGGGCUGAGACCCCACCGUACCACUUCUCGCUCUCGGACGGCACGCCAGUCACCGCUCAGACCCGGAGCGAGCUCUGCCGGAACCACGGCACCAACGAGCAACCCACCUUCCUCUCCACACACCUGUUGCAGAGGGAGCAGAAUGGGUAUCGGCCCAACCAAGGAGGGGUGAUGAGGCCGCAGGGCAUGGGCAAUGCCCACCCGAAUGCCCAGAUGAACAUGAUGCCCAAUGGGGCGAUGGGUAUGGGUCCCCACAGGGGCUAUGGGAUGAAUGAGCAGAGGCACAUGGGACCCAGGGGUGGCCCCAUGUACGGUGUGGGGAACCGGAUGAAUCAGAUGAAUUCAAUGGGUCAGAUGAAUCAGAUGAAUCAGAUGAACCAGAUGAAUCAGAUGAAUCAAAUGAAUCAGAUGAAUCAAAUGAAUCAGAUGGGACAGAUGAAUUCUAUGAACCCAAUGGGCCAGAUGAAUCAAAUGAAUCAGAUGAACCAGAUGAACCCAAUGGGUCAGAUGAAUUCAGGCGGUCAGAUGAAUUCAGGCGGUCAGAUGAAUCACAUGAAUCACCCGGGCAUGCAGCAGCCUCAGUUCCAUUAUGGGAUGGGCAUGACGAGCCCGUUGCACGGCAGCCCUGGCAUGAAUGCCCCUCAGCAGAACAUCAUGGGCUCCCCACGGGUCAGGGGCAGUCCCAAAAUGGGAUCCAGUCCUUUCUCUCCUGGAGGACUGCAUUCUCCUAUGGGGUCAGUGAGCGGUGGUUCAGGCGGAGGCUCAGGAGGUGGCAGCUUCUCCAGCAGCUCUCUGAACGCCCUGCAGGCCAUCAGUGAAGGCGUGGGCUCCUCCUCGCUGCCCUCCACGCUCUCCUCGCCGGCCCACAAGCCCGACUCGUCCCCCAGCAUGAACAACCCUGGUGGCCCGCACGGUCCACAUGGCCCGCAUGGUCCGCACGGCCCGCACGGCCACGCCCAUGGCCAGAACCCCAACCAGAACGGGCCCUGCAAGCCGGCGCCGCCACAGUCCGACUCGAAGAGCCCGGCUGCCGCGCAUGGUGGUAACGCGUCCGAGCAGCCGGCGCAUCAGCACACUUCGCCACCAGAGGGCACCGUGAAGGCUGAGGGUCAGCAGUCCUGCAAAGAGAGCUGUGGUGGAGGAGGAGGAGGAGGAGCAGAGCCCAACCGCAGAGUCCCUGACAAGGCAAACCACAAGAAGCUCCUCCAGCUCCUCACCUCCCCCACCGAUGACCUGAGUUUGGGAGGCGCAGGAGGAGGAGGAGGAGGUGGUGGAGGUGGCGGUGGUGGAAUGGGUGGCCCUGGAGGUCCUGGAGGCCCGUCCCAGUCCUCUCAGUCUGGCCGAGCGUCCACACCCAUGGGCAUGGAGGCGAAGGAGUCGGCGGGCAUGACCAGCCCGACCUCGACUGGCGUCUCCUCCUCGUCGUCGGCAACUUCCUCCGCCUCUGGCGCCAUGCAGUGUCCCCACCAGGGCUCUGGGGGCGUCUCGUCCACGGCGGGCCUGGGCGGCCCCGGCAACCACUCCACCCACUCCCUGCAGGAGAAGCACCGCAUCCUCCACAAGCUGCUGCAGAACGGCAACACCCCAGACGACGUGGCCCGCAUCACGGCCGAGGCCACCGGCAAGGUCCCCCUGGAGGUGGCCGCCGCAGCGGCGGCAGCGGCAGCAGCAGCGGCAGCUGAGGCCCAGAGAGGAGGAGCGGCCGGAGGAGCAGAGGUGAAGCAGGAGCAGCACAGCCCCAAGAAGGAGAAGACCCACGCGCUCCUCCACUACCUCCUCAACAAGGACGACUCCAAAGAGCGGCCAGGGGCCCUGGACAGCAAGCCCAAGCCAGAGGAGCUGGAUGGUGGUGGGGGCUCGGGAGCGGGAGCGGGAGCGGCACCUGGAGCUGGCAUCUCCUCCACCAACACCGCGGGCAUGGAGGGCAAAGUCAAGAUGGAACAACCAGAUGAGCUGGACAGCCUGGAGUCUAUCCUUGGAGGCUUCCGGAGCUCUGCUGGAGGGAUGUUCAGGGAUCAUGGCAACGCAGGAGGACCAGAUGGAGCCAACAAGCAGGGCAACGGACCUAACAACAGUGCCCAUGACAGGGACGCCUUGUGUGGGGGCCCAGCGCAGCGGACCCCCUUCCAGAGGGCGAUGUCCGUGGACAGCAAGCCCCCAGUUGGCAUCGGGGGAACCGGCCGCAGGAGCGCUCCAUGUCCUGGCCUGAUCAAGCAGGAGAGUGCAGACAGUGCACUGAGCAUGGGUGGCAUGAACAGAGGCAUGGGAAUGCCUCAGCAGCAGCCCAUGGUGGGCCCAGGCGACUGGGGCAUGCAGAGGUCGAGUGCCAGUCCCAUAGGCCCAGCAGGGCAUCCAAACAUGGGCCACCACCCUAAAGGCAUGAUGGGAGGGCCCAUGGUGAACCGGUCCAACAGCCUGCCGGCCCCCCGCUCCAUUCUACAACAGCAGCUCAUGGAAAUGGGUCCUAAUGAUGUCCACAUGGGCAUGAACGCCUUCAGAGGACAGGGUCAUCCGUCCCAGUCGCCCUCCUGGCCUGAGAGAGGCAUGGGGAUGGACAGACCACCGACCAAUAACAGGCAACAGUUUGGUAAUCCUCUGGACGAGCUGCUGGUUCCCCCUUCCACCAGCCAGGGUCAGAACGACGAGCGUGCCCUCCUGGACCAGCUGGACUCGUUGCUCAAAAACACAGAUGUCAUCGCACUCGAGGAGAUCGACCGCGCACUAGGCAUCCCUGACCUAGUCAGCCAGGGUCACGGAGAUCAGCAGCAGCAGCCGCCACAGCAGCGCCAGCCCCAUCCGCCCCAUCCGCCCGAGUCCUUCUCCGGCCCAGAGCCCCCCAUGGGGAUGGAGGCCAAGCCCAUGUACAGCCAGGGCUACCCAGGGCCUCCCUCCGGCAUGGGGCCCAUGCAGGCCGGCUACGGGCCCGGCGGUGGUCCCAGCGGUCCUGGUGGUCCCAUGCCAGGCCAGUCUGGUGGGGGCUUCAACCCCAUGAUGAACCAGAUGGGCCAGCAGGGAGGCUUCCCCGGUAUGGGCCCCAUGGGGGGCAUGGGAGGGCCCCCGCGCGCCAACAUGAUGCACCCACGCAUGAUGAGUGCCACCAAGCCGCUCCGCAUGCAGCUGCAGCAGAGGCUACAGGGACAGCAGUUCAUGAACCAGAACAGACAGGCCAUGGCCAUGAAGAUGGAGGGAGGCCCUGGGGCCAACCCAGCGCUGAGGCCGGGCAUGCAGCCAGCAAUGGGAGGACAGCCUGGCUUCCUGAACGCUCAGAUGAUGGCCCAGCGCAAUCGGGAAAUGGUCACUCUCCAGAUGCGCAGGCAGAGGAUGAUGAUGCUCAUGCAGCAGCAGCAACAACAACAACAGCAGCAGCAACAGCAGCAGGGAGGACCGGCCACAGGCUUCAGCCCGCCGCCCAACGUCACUGCCCCCGCUGGCAUGGACAACCCCAUGGCUGGCCCCCCCAUGAGCCAGCCUGGCCAGCAGCCCUUCCCGUACGGAGGGAACUACGGAAUGAGCCAGCAGGGUGACCCCUCGUUUGCGGGCACGGCUGGCAGCCCUCCCAACAGCAUGAUGUCAGCACGCAUGGGAGGACCUCAGAAUCCCAUGAUGCAACAGCACCCACAGGGCGGUCCCAUGUACCAGUCAGCUGACAUGAAGGGCUGGGGACAGGGAGGCAUGCCCAUGAACAACUCAUACCCUCAACAGCAGCAGUUUCAGCAGCCCGACACCGGGGGGCAAUAUGGAGGCAUGAUGAUGAACGGAGCCAUGCAGGGCCAAGCCAACGGAGCAGGCGGCCCGCCGCAAAUGGGCCCGAUGGGCCAGAUGGGGAUGAACUCCAUGGGCAUGGGACGCAUGCCUAUGGGCCCUGACCAGAAAUAUUGCUGAAGUUGUGAUGGCCAGCAGCAGGGCACCCCACCUCCACCAGGCCUGGGCACCGCUGCCUCAUCGGCCGAGCUCUGGGUCUGUCUCAUGACCAGCCUUUCGAGGGAAGCCUCUGCAACUCUUUUCAUCACAGUUCUAUGUGAGAAACAGUACCAUGAACACACGCACGCGCACACACACAUGCAUGUGUUUGUGUGGGUAAGGGUGUGUGUGUGUACUUGCUUUAGUCAUGGGCAGGAGUGUUUCCCCAAUCAGAAGACUGCUGGAGUCCGACGUGCCGCAUAAGCUCACAGAUUGACAUGCAGUGUUCUGCAACGUGACAGCGGGGUGGUGGUCAUCUUUCGCUCUGGAUGGGUCAUGGGGCAUGGUACAACUGGCUAUGGUUGCACUUUAUCGGACAUUUACCGCAAGGCUGGUUUGUAAAAGAAUUGUUGCAAUAUUUCUUAGUCCUUGUUUUUUUUCCUAGCCUUACAGGAUGAUUUGGUGUGUGUGUGUAGCGCCGGGUUUUUAAGACAUACAACUCUCACUCUCCAGCUCUCUUUCUCUUUCUUUCUUUCUUUCUUUCUUUCUCUCUGUCUUUCUCUCUGUUGAGCCUCAUCCUAAACCAUUGGGAGCUGUAAGCACAGGUAACUAACUAAAUAUUAUGCAGAUGCAAGCAAUAAAAAUCCUGUCUCUGAGUUUCUGACUGAAACUGUAAGGCGAAGCAUCAUGGACUCAAGGCAGAAAGGUACUGCAGUAUUAGACAUCAAAUGUUUGUCAUCUCUCCUCCUAAGUAAGAAUUGUAAAUAUGCUACAAAAUGUAUCAUACAAAAUGUUAUUAUUUUGUUCUAUCUUUUCUUUUUCUGUUUUUUUUUUGUUUCACAGAUUAUAGGGCUCUGGCAAAACCUCUCCCUCCACUUUGUUUAUUUUAGGCCAAUGCUGUAUUGAUUUGGAGUUCUAUUUUCAUUCUUAUUUGGGAGAAAGAGUGAGAGAGCGAGCCAUGUUUUUUCCCCUUUCCUUUUAGAUAAGGCACUUUUCUUUCAUGUACUUUUAAGUGUGUUCUCUCUUCUGAGCUGAGGAUGGCUACUGUAUAUGACGACCUCAUGCUAAGGACAUUUGUUAAGAUGGGGAACUCUUGGGAGAGAUCGGAGGGAGGCCAGUUUCCCACUAUAUGAAAGCUACGGAGGGAGCCCAGUUUCCCACUAUAUUAAAGCUACGUAGCAAACGUGUGGGUGUGUAGACAAGUUUGCGUGUUAGUUUGUCUGUACAAAAUUCUGUGCGUGUGUGUGUGUGUGUGUGUGUGUGUGUGUAGGAUGUAUAUGGUGCUGCAGGCUUGUGUUCUGGGACAAUACCCAAGCUUUGAGUUCUCAGCCAGAUUUGGUGGCUCUGGCUCGUGGCGCUGAUGAACGUCUGCUUGUGAACGCGUACCUGUCUGAGGCUCCAGCCUUCCCCUCCUCCUCCUCCUCCUCCUUCCGAGCCCUCAUAGGACCACCACAGUGCUAGAGACACAAGGCCAGACAGUCUUUGUUCGUCUCCCCCCCCCCCUUUCCCUCUCUCUCUCUCUCCCCUUCUCUCUCUCUUUCUGCAGUUCAGAGCCAUUUAUGUGUUUGGGGGAUCCUCAACUGGGAAGUUAGAUUUUCUUUCAGUUACAGUACCAAUAUUACCAAUAUAGAAGACUACCCAUAUCAUAUAAGCUGAAAGAAUGAGAUUUUCUCCGUCUCCCCACCCCCCACACACCCACACAAUCAUCCUCACUCUCCUUAGCUAUUCCUGAAAAUAAAAUAUAGCUAUAUAUAUUUUCUUUUCUUUCUUUUUUUUUGCUAAUGAGUCUUUGUAAGAAUCUACCUGCAAGAAAACCAUGCGCAAUCCAAAGAUCUUUUUUCAAUACUUUGAAAAACUUAUGACAUUGACUGUAAUUUGUACCUAGGUGCUUGUGUGUAUGAGUGUUUGGGUACACAUCAGAUGAAUAUAUUGCUUUCAUUUUAUGAUUUUGUACCGUAUAUGGUUUGUAUACACUUGUGUAACUGUGUGGCCAGUGGCUCAUCUAUGAGCAGAGUGUGUUUGGAAUGGGACAUCUUAAAAUGUUAAACGCUGAGAUUUUGAACCAUUUUACAAGCUCAGCAGGGUGUGAGGAGAGAGUUGGGAGUGAAAACUCUUCAAACAUAUCAGUUAAUUUACUCAGAUCUUUUUUGUUUUUCUUUUCUUCUUUCAGGAAACAUUGUUUUGUGUCUUUAUCUUAAUUGCUUGAAUGAGUAUGAUGAAGUAUAUUUUACAAUGAGAAAUCUGGAUCACAUACUUUCUCUACCGUUUUUACCGUCAUUCUGGAAAGGAAGUGUUCAUUAACUUAAGUAGAUAUGAUGAGAAAAUAUGCUGUCAUUUUACAUGAUAUGAAUUACAAUGCCCUUUUUUCUGUCUCUUGAUGUUCAUAUUGAUGUAAAUACAAAUUUCUAUUUAA